AUGAUUGAAACAUAUGAGUCUCGCUCGAAAAGUGUGAAUCUCCAGUCUUUGAAAUCAGGACACAAGGUAGAUCGCGAGCGACUUCGAGGCAAAGCUUGUCGAAUGCGAAUGAACGAAAAAUUGCGCUUGCAAAUGUGCGCGCGUCUGCAGCAGAAGCUGCAUAAAACUCCUAGAAUGGCUGAAGAGAUGGUGUCUGAGGUGUUACGAAUCAUAAAGCGUCAAAAACUUGUAGCUUCAGAGCUGACAGACGCAGCGCUUUCGGAAAUCGUUGACAAUCUUACUUUGCAAAGACAGACAAAAAAUUCGCUUGAUGCACGCUCGACAAAAAGAUCUUUACAUCAUAGUCAAGAACAGGUGGACCCUCCGCGGCCGAUUAAGCUUCGACCAAUCGGAGAGUUGAAAUCAGGUAGAAAGUCAUCUACAGGAAAAAAGUGUACAGACAAUAAUAAUUUUAGCAGUGGAAAUUGCGGUGGUAGUCAAGGUCAAACCAAUGCCGAAGAUGAGCGAUACGUCACCGAGACCCAACAUCAGCAAAAAAGUGUGGGAUUUUCGUUACCUGUUCGUGUUUCGCCGAAAAAAUGUCGAGAGCAUGGAAUUUGGGAGGAGAUCGUCAAGUUUAACUCUUUUGAAGAACAAAGAGAAGCUCAACUCAACAAAGAGCGGAAGUUGCGUGAACGUUUGGAGUUUACCGCUAAGCUUGACGAUCAAGUAUUUCGUAAGCAUCAAUCCUCAAAACAGGAACGUGAGCUAAGUGCGGAGUUUCACCGCCAGACGCUCGAGAAAAUUCGCCAGGCUGACGAUGAGGAGUGCAAAAGAGAGCACAAGCGCUUUGAACGCGAGCGUCAGCAAAUUGAAAUUCAGACGCAGCAACGAAUAGCCAAAAAAGCUCAACAAGAUAGAGAACGAGCAAUCAAGAAGGCUCAGGAAGAACAUGCAGCAGAAUUGCUGGAGAAGCAGAGAAGCUAUGAUGUGGCUAACGAGAAGGCUCGAAAGGAAACCGAGAAAAAACGGGUUGCGCAAGUGUGUCAAGAAAACGAGAUCCAGCUUCAGCAAAAGCGAUUGCAACAAGCACGAGAACGUGAGUUGGAAGUCAAAUUAGCAGAGGAAUACAUUUCGAUGGAGAAGAAAAAAGAUGAAGCGCGUCGAAAGCAAAUUGAUGCGAUGGCGGAGAAUGUUAAAAAGAAGAUGAAGAUAUUCGACGAUACUUUAAAGGCUUCUACUGAUGCUAAAGCGCGUGAGGAAGAUGCACGACUUCAGCGCUAUCAGCAAGAAUACGCAAACAAGCAGCUUGAAGACGAACGCAAGCGAAGAGCGGAUGCUGAUGUACGUAGCCGAGCGCAAGCAGAGUACCUACGUGUGCAAAUGCAGGAAAAGAAAGAGCGUGAAAAGGCAAUGAAGCACGAUCUGAACAAGCAGGCUGAUUUGUGGAAGCAGGAACGCGCAGAGGCUGAGGAUCGCGAUAAUCUUGUCAAAAAACAGCGAAUACUGAAGAAUCGGGCGCAACAGAGUAUUCUGCGUGAUCAAAUACACGAACGGGAAUUGCGUUUUUUAAAGGCAGAUCAAAGUCAACUCGAAGUACAGCUAAACGCUCAACUUUUGGAGAAGAUUCACAAGGAAGCUGGCGUAGCACAGGGUCGAGCGAAAGAUGUGGUGCUUAUGACGAAGAAUCGAUCACGAGAAUUACAGGAGCAGCAUCGAUGA